GGCAGGGGAGGGGGCUAGGGGCCUCGAAGGGCUCCGGAGCGGCGACUGGGGAGCCAUGGCGCUGGGGCUACAGCGCGCAAGGUCGAGCACAGAGCUGCGCAAGGAGAAGUCCCGGGAUGCGGCCCGCAGCCGGCGCAGCCAGGAGACCGAGGUGCUGUACCAGCUGGCGCACACGCUGCCCUUCGCGCGUGGGGUCAGCGCCCACCUGGACAAGGCCUCCAUCAUGCGCCUCACCAUCAGCUACCUGCGCAUGCACCGCCUCUGCGCCGCAGGGGAGUGGAACCAGGUGGGAGCAGGGGGCGAACCACUGGAUGCCUGCUACCUGAAGGCCCUGGAGGGCUUCGUUAUGGUGCUCACCGCCGAGGGAGACAUGGCUUACCUGUCAGAGAAUGUCAGCAAACACCUGGGCCUCAGUCAGCUUGAGCUGAUUGGACACAGUAUCUUUGAUUUUAUCCAUCCCUGUGACCAAGAGGAGCUUCAGGAUGCCCUGACCCCCCGGCAGAGCCUGUCCAGGAAGAAGCCUCAGGCCCCCACUGAGCGGUGCUUCUCCUUGCGCAUGAAAAGCACCCUCACCAGCCGUGGGCGCACCCUCAACCUCAAGGCGGCCACCUGGAAGGUACUGCACUGUUCUGGACACAUGAGGGCCUACAAGCCCCCCGCACAGACUUCCCCAGCUGGGAGCCCCAACUUGGAGCCCCCCCUGCAAUGCUUGGUGCUAAUCUGUGAAGCCAUCCCCCACCCCGGCAGCCUGGAGCCCCCGCUGGGCCGGGGGGCCUUCCUCAGCCGCCACAGCCUGGACAUGAAGUUUACCUACUGCGAUGAGAGGAUCGCGGAGGUUGCUGGCUACAGCCCUGAUGACCUGAUUGGCUGUUCUGCCUACGAGUACAUCCACGCACUGGACUCGGACGCAGUCGGCCAGAGCAUCCACACCUUGCUGAGCAAGGGCCAGGCAGUAACGGGGCAGUACCGUUUCCUGGCCCGGAGUGGUGGCUACCUGUGGACCCAGACCCAGGCCACAGUGGUGUCAGGGGGCCGGGGUCCCCAGUCUGAGAGUAUCAUCUGCGUCCACUUCCUGAUCAGCCGGGUGGAAGAGACCGAAGUGGUGCUGUCCCUGGAGCAAACGGAGCGACACUCUCGACACUCUCGCAGACCUGUUCAGCGGGGCGCCCCCUCUCAGAAGGAUGCCCUUAAUCCUGGGGACAGCCUUGACACCUCUGGUCCCCGGAUCCUGGCCUUCCUGCACCCCCCUACCCUGAAUGAGGCCGCCCUGGCCGCUGACCCCCGUCGUUUCUGUAGCCCUGACCUCCGUCGCCUCCUGGCACCUAUCCUGGAUGGGACUUCAGUAGCUGCCACCCCCAGCGCACCCCCUGCCACACGGCACCCCCAAAGUCCUCUUCCGGCUGAUCUCCCAGAUGAACUACUUGCGGAUGUGGAGAAUGCACACAAACUCUUAGCCUCUGGGAAAGACCUUGAGGCAGUGGAGACAGAUCUGGAUAUAGCUCAGGACGUCGAUGCUCUGGAUUUGGAGAUGCUGGCCCCCUACAUCUCCAUGGAUGAUGACUUCCAGCUCAACUCCAGCGAGCAGCUACCCAGGGCAUACCACAGACCUCCAGGGGCUGUCUCCCGGCCCCGGGCUCGGAGCUUCCACGGCAUGUCACCCCCAACCCCUGAGCCUUCCCUGCUGCCCCGCUGGGGGAGUGACCCCCGGCUGAGCUGCUCCAGCCCUUCCAGAGGGGACCCGUCAGCAUCCUCCCCCAUGGCUGGGGCUCGGAAGAGGACCCUGGUCCAGAGCUCAGAGGAUGAAGCCGAGGGGAUGGAGCUGCUGGGAGUGAGACCCCCAAAACGGUCCCCCAGCGCAGAACCCGAAAACUUCCUGCUGCCUCCGCUCAGCCUGAGUUUCCUUCUGACAGGAGGACCAGCCUCAGGGAGCCAGCAGGAUCCCAGCACCCACCUCCUGGAACUGAAUGAGCCCAUGAGCUUGGGCCCCUCUCUGCUCUCUCUCUACCCAGACGAGGACCCCGCCCCGCCCAGGAGUCACUUCCAGCCAGCGGCAAGCUUGGCGCAGGCCAACUGAGCCAGCCUUUCUGCCUGUCUCCCUUCUCCUCCCCAGAAUGGAUGUCAACCAUACCCCAAGCUGGCAGCCAACGCACAGGAUGGGGGUGCCGGGAGAGGGGUUCCCGCUCUCCUCUCCGUGACCCCCGCCCACCUCGGGCCUACCUCAGUUCCCAUCCCUCUGCUCCCCCUGCCCCGUCUGGGGGCUCUCUGGGGUGGUCUCAGCUCAGUGACCUCUGGGAGGGGGACCCUAGCCCCCUCCUCCUUCUCUCAGGACUUCCCUUGGGGUUCUCAGUACUGAUCUCCUCACCCCUUUCUCCAACUCUCUUGGCUUUAUUUUUGGUAAUUAGGGACGGGGGAGGUUGGGGUUCACAUCUGGAUUUCUGGGCUCUGGGGAGUAUUGAUAACCAUAAUCAUGUUUUUUCCUAUCCAUCUUUCCUUCAUUCUUAUUUUUUAUUCUUAUUGUUUUCAUGAUGUGUUUUUAGUCGUUCUGAAUUGCCUGGAGGCCAUAAGAAUGCAGGACUCUGGUCUUCUUCCCACCAACGCAGCUGUCAAUGGGGGAGGGGAGGCCCCGGGCCAGACUUCACCCCCAGUGGCUUUUGGUUGAACCCCUAGCCUCCCAAGCGGCCACUCUGCUCUGCCCAGCCCUCUACUCUGGACCUCUGCUGGCCCUGGUCUGACCUGGACACUGACUGCACUGGUGGUCUUCCUAUCCCAGAUGGAGCCUCUAACCUCUGCUUCCAGCCCAUACAACCUCCAACCCUGUCGGUUCUAGCCCACACCACACUGAUCUCUGGUUCUAGACUGCACCACCCCAGCCUUCUCUGGUUCUAGGCUACACAACCUCCAACAUUCUCUGGUUCUAUACCACACAACUUCCGACCUUCUCUGGUUCUAGACUGUGCAACUCCCAACUGUCUCUGGUUCUAGACAGUACAACUUCAGACCUUCUCUGGUUCUAGAGUGUGCCACUCCCAGCCUUCUCUGUUUCUAGACUGCACAACCUCCAAUGUUCUCUGGUUCUAGGCCACACAACUUCAGGUCUUCUCUGGUUCUAGACUGCACAAGCCCCAACGUUGUCUGGUUUAGACCUUGAAUCCUCCAAACCUCUCUCAUUUCAGAUCUCAUAAUCUUCAGCUCUUUCUCAUUCUGGAUCUCACAACCUCUAACUAUUUUCUUACCUCACAGUCUCCAAAGUGGUCUGGUUCUAGGCCAUACAACCUCCAAAUCCCUCAGGUCCCAGAGCCUCUGACAACCAGGGUCCUCUGGUUCUAGAGCUCACUCUCUGACUUCUUCUGGUUCUAGAGCUCUCCCCAUAAAUCUCCCUUGUUCUCAGUAUCACAUGCUCCAACUCCUCUUGAUUCCAGAUCUUACAACCAAUGAUUUUGCCUGAUUUUGGACCCCCAGAACCACAAGCUUUGAAUUGGUUCUAGUCUUCCUGAUCUGUAAUGCAUUUGGUUCCAAAUCCAGACUUCUUAAUGCCUCAAUCAUUUUGAUUCUAAACCUCAUGAUGCCCAGCUCAUUCCUUUCCAACUCUACACUCGAGACUUGCUUUUCCCACCAAAAAGAAGUAAAAUGAGUUUCAUGUCUUUUUUUUAACAUUUUUUAAAUUGAGUUAUAGUCAUUUUAUAAUGUCGUGGAGUUUCAUGUCUUGAUCUUAGAACCAGCACUUUCAGAACUAGACACCAUGUUCCAGUUCUCUUUUGCUCUAGACCUCAUGACUUCUAUCACUGACUGGUUCUAGACUAUACAAACUUUAUACCUUGCAAUUUCCGUGGCCCUCUGAUUCCACAUCUGAUGAUCUCCAUUUUCUCUGGUUCUAGAAAUUGACUUCAAAUGUCUUCUGAUUCCAGACCUCAUCCUAUAAAUCCCCUUGGUUCUAGACCUCACAAUCUCUAAUUCCCCCUUACUCCAGAUCUUAUGACUCCAAAUUACCCUGCAUCUAGA